AUGACCCUCGCCACACUAAACGUCAAAGGUAGAGCCUCGACAACUCUGGGCACGAGCCCAAUAUCCAAGUGGUCUAUAAUAAAUCAAACAAUUAGAGAAGAAAAACUAAGUAUCCUAUGUCUACAAGAAACACACCUAACCAAUGAACACGAAGAACAAAUAAGAUCGCUAUACUCUAGACGUCUAUUAAUGCUCAACUCACAAGAUCCGACACGCCCCGGAAACUCCGCCGGUAUAGCCUUCGUACUAAACAAAGAAAUGAUCAACACGUCAGAAGCAAAACUAACAGUACUAAUCCCUGGUAGAGCGAUAGCCCUAUCAAUCAAAUGGCACAAUGAGGAGGUUAUUAAAAUUCUUAACAUUUAUGCACCCAACAAUCACAACGAACACCCAACGUUCUGGAACACUAUAAAGACAAAAUGGUCACAAAAUAACCUAGGAUCAAUUGACUUCAUGGUGGGAGAUUUUAAUGUAACAGAAGACCCACUAGAUAGAGCGCUAUCAAGAUUUGACAAUGAACAAGCAGUAGAGGCCCUAAGAGAAUUCAGAACUAGCGAAAACAUACAAGAUAUGUGGCGACACACCCACCCAAGAACACGACUGUUCACGUUCAAUAGUAACACCAAUUCCAUGUCCCAUUUAGAUAGAAUCUAUAUGUCAACCACACACCAUGAAAGCGUCUCGAACUGGAAAUCAUACCUAUGCCCAAUUCCCACGGAUCAUAACAUUGUAACUACCCGCUUUGCCCCACCAGGUCUCCCGCACAUUGGAAAGGGAAGAUGGUUAUGGCCACUUGAAAUACUUACCGACAAAACCUUAAUUGAAAAAAUAGAAACAUUAGGAAUAAAAACUCUAGAAAAAAUCGAAAAUAAGAGUAUAGACGGAAACCGCACCAAGAAUGAAAACCCGCAAUCAAUAUGGGAAAACUUCAAAUCCCAAAUGAACGAAGUAGUCAAACACGAGGCCAAAACACGCAUCGCAAAAAUUAACCGAAGAAUUAAAAAAAUACAAAAAGACAUAAGGGCAUCAUCUAACGCACCAGACAUCGACACCUCGAUCGACCAGAGACAAAACAAAAUCAUCCUAGAACAACAACUUGAGCAACUAGACAGAAAAAGGUACAAAAACGCUCACCUAAAAGCCCAAGCACAAUGGGCGCUGUACCAAACAUUCCGGCGCCAGCCUCACAAUCGCCCGUUAUGCACGAUCCGGAGCUCACCUGGUCAGGUAUUCAUGUUCACACUCAUCCGGCCUAUUCCAUCGACUCCCGUCCCUCCUGGACACCUAACGGAUACGCAACCCGCGACGGAUUCCCUCAAUUGCCCCUCGUCCCUGUCCAUCCAUGUCCAUCCAUCCCCAUUGGUGCGUCAUUUCUCUCCUUUUAUCACUCUGAUCAAGCAGCAGACUGUUUUACAUGUACAUUCCCAUACAUGA